AUGAUCCGCCGGAUAGCGAGAGCCAGCUUCGAGCUGUUUCUGCUCAACCCGCUGUUGCAUACUCUGUUAUGGGCUGUGCUACUCGUGGUUGCCCUUCCGCUCACCAUCUUUGGCAUCUUCACAACCAUUUCUUCCAUUCUUAUUGUCCUUGUUCGCGGCGUUGUUGUCUACUGGAGUCUACCAUUCGCACUCAUCUCUGCCUGGACAUCCGCACCGACCGUAGAUACGACCCGCCGAGUCAGACCAACACCUUCAACUCGCUUUACCACUCAGGCAACAGACAUGUAUGCACCAAGUGACGUCAUAAAACUGACCGAAACAGUCGAGUUGGGCGAUGAUGAGACUGAAGAAGAAGCUUUGUCGUUGGAUCUAAAUGCAAGACUCAAUGUUCCGAUAAACAGCUCACGGCAGCACGACGGCAAACUGUCAGCAGAGCUCACACCGCGCGAACGAUGGGUGUUCGACCUCGAAGAUCUACACCGAAGCCCUUCACCGAGCAGAGCGCGUACUCCAUAUAUGGCCGAGGAACAGGUCGACUACUUCCCUCCGCAGGGCUCGAUUAGCCCCGUGGUACCCAGGAGUCACGGUUCCAACUUUGUGACAUACCACAUGAGGCGGAAGAGCGGUAGUGGUAACAGCGCUCAAGUCGCGGUCAAAGAAGUCUCAAUGUAA